AAAAAAAAAAAACGGUUUGGAAUAUUAGGUAAUUGUGUGACCUAAUUGCUGGAAAUGAUAAAAGGGUGGAUACUGGAAGAAAAUACGUUACCCAGUAAAUACACGGAGAUGAAGUUGAUUAUGAUAGGUCUGGGUAUGAAAUGUAAGGCUAUUCAUGCAUGCCCAAACCAUUGUAUUUUGUAUUAUAAAGAGCAUGAAAAUGCAACAAGUUGUCCGCAAUGUAAAUCACCAAGAUUCAAAGUCAAACAAGGGAAAUUUGGACCAAAGCAGACGAAAGAACCUUUCCUGGUGCUGAGACACUUUCGCGUUGGUGAAAGACUUAAGAGAAGUUCUACUGGUAAGGAGGUCACAGUGGAUGAGGUAGAAACACAAACAAAGUUUAUUCCAUGGUUGGUUGAAAAGCUAGUGAAAGAGAAAAAAACAGAUUCGGUUUUGUGGAGAUUGGCGCAAGGUCCUGUUGGAGCAACAGAGUUUAUAAAAUAUCGCGUAAAUGGUUUUAUGUUUUCUCCUAGAUUUAUGAAGAAGACCAUGAUACUCAAGAUAGUGAUGUCUGCGUAGAGGCAUACAUCUCCUGAAACUCACCUUUCAAAGUGGUAUGGAGUGAUUAACCAAAUCUUAGAAUUAGAUUAUACUACUUUUCAUGAGACUGUGUUCUACUGUGACUGGGUGAAGGUAGGAAGUGGAAUCAAAAUUUGUCCAGAUUCCAACUUGGUUUUGGUAAAGUUGAACAGUAUGAGAAGUUCCAGUAAAAUGUAUGACGAACCAGCAAUUCUAGUUGAAGAGGCUAUCCAGGUUUUUAACUCCAAAGGUUUGAAAAGCUUUGAUCAGUGGGUUGUUAUUCCUUCACCAAAGGGACUAACGAUAAAGGUAGACGAUCUUAAAAAGCCUAGUCCCGGCAGCUUUCAAGACGUUCUUGUCGAUGAACCUCAUUUGGCUUGUUUGCUUAAUGUUUAUGGUGCCAAGAGACCAAGAAUGGUGCCAAGAAGACGAGAAUAACUACAUUGUAAUUGUCUUAACCAAAAUUGUAACUAGUUUUAUACAUUCAGAAUUCAGUAAAUACACUUGU